GUACAAUGAUCUCCGCCCGGUUGAUCCUGGGAUGCUGGUACCACCCAUACGUUUGGUCCAAUUAGGAGAUGAGCUCUGCUGAGCGGAGUACAGUCCGAUGUUCUAGUUUGGUAUUCUGCCGCAAAGCUACUGUGGCUACUUCGGGUUAGCUGUUUCGAUACUGAGGUUCGAGCUUGGGCUCUAUUCAAACGGCAGACAUACUUCUACACUAUGUCAAGAUACAGUAUCAUGCUGACGGGACCAGAAACAAAGUCGAACAGGGUCGAGGGAACGACUUGGUAUUCUUGGCAUCAGUUAUCCAACAUUCGUUUCGCACUGCCAUAUUCAAUAUCUGAUGUAGAGUGGCCGAACAUUCCGGCGCCGGCGCCGGUUCUUGCUUUGUUGUACUUCUUUCCAUUCUUUCGAUGAAUACGCUUAAAUCCGAUCGGGAUCGAGAUCCUCCUUUCUUUCUUUCAAGUGUGCAAGUGAUCUUCAUUCAGCGCGGCUCAAGGGCAGACCCCGCUUCUAGCACUACAAGUAUCGCAUGUAAAAAUUCCAUUGGCAGUUGGGUGGAUUUCGCAAGUCAAAGUGAGGGCAUUCCCGUUUCGUUUACAUCCCAUCCGAGGUUGUCGGCCAAGCAUGAACUUGCUCCCGCAUGUCGUCCAACCCCACCAACUCGUCUCCAUCCUUCAUUGUUGGCAACCAGUGAAAGCUUUUACUCAGGAUAUCCGAUAUCAAGCGCCAACAAGAUAUUCAGCCUUGCAUGCAGGAUCAAAUCGGCUUGCACGGAGAUAAUUAGGGUGGCCCUAAAGCAGAAUUACUAAUGCCAUGCCGUAUACAGCAAAGCAUCUACUACCACCAUCACCAAACGGCGUCUGAGGCACAGGAUUCAUGGAUCCGUUGCUUAUGAAAAUGCUCGCUCUCACAUGGUAUGACCGUAGGUCAGCAGACUACCACCCUUUCAAAUCCACGGCACUUGAUGACAUGACAAUCGAUACUCAACAUGGAAUAGCUUGUUCUUUUUUACCAGUCAACAAGUUCAAAGACUGUCCAGCCCAGGUGUAUGGAUGAUGGUAUGGGAUUGAUUACCUCCGAAAGUCCAGGUUGGCCUUCCCUUUAGUACGUGGAUGUGGUGGGGAAGCCCAUGGCCACGGCCUUGACUCAGAUGCAACAAAGAUAUGCUGCUGCUGCAUCAUAUCUGGCAUUUCUUGCCGUGAUCAUCGCUGUCCGGCUGGAGUACAUAGAUAUGCAUCAAGCCCGGCGCCGGUCCAACGUCUGGUCUAUUGAUUUUCUGAUCAGUUAAGUUCAUCUGUCCGGGUCUUCUUACAUAUCAUCUGCCGACACUCCAUAUACUGGUUCAAAUUUCAAAUACCGGCCUUUAGCACUCCACUUCAAAAGGUAUAGGAGUAACAUUGAGUGUUCUGCUCAGCGACUCCGUACUUCGAAACUGCUUCCACUCAGUGCCAAUAAAUCCGAGGCAAGACACUCAAGAAUACCAAGAGACCGGGAUCACGGUACCAAAGUCAUCUCUCCCAGAUUCUCCAAACACUUCAAGUACGGAGUGACGUACAAAGCGGAACUCUCCCAGAAGAUUUGCUUUGAAUUAAGUCAAGUCAAUGCACCGAGAGAUUCCGAACUAGUCCUGCAUACUUCGUACUUAGACUACCAGUACCAUCUACUGGCUACUUCCGCCAUACAAAUACUCACGUUGCUCCUUGACCCCGCCGCCAAGCCUCAGGCCCAGCUCAUACUCCCCCUCCUUCGUCCCUUCCUCCUGUUUUCGACAACAGCAAUAACAUAUAACAUAUGCAGAAAACCCCGGUAGGAGUUGUCGCGAAUGUCUGUAUUUUGCUAUUUGGUAUUGCCUCCGUAGCAAACGCACACGAUCAUGUUGAGGGCGGAAAUAUGAAUAUGGGAGAUACUGCCGUUCUGCGUCCAGCAAUACUUCCUUCAGGAGACAAUUCAGAUUUGCAGACAUAUUUUCAGUAUGGGGAACACUCCGGACUUAUGGCCGCGCAUAUUGCACUUAUGACAAUCGCCUGGCUGUUUAUACUUCCAAUUGGUGAGUCGUUUAGGAAUUUUUAGCGAUUCCAAGAGCCUCGAAAUGUACUAACUGAGUCUCUAGGUGUAUUGCUUUCUAUUGCUCGUUCAAGAUACAGACUACCCACUCAAUCCGCAUUUCUGGUCGCCAAUGGUGUCGCAGUUUUCCUAGCAACAAUAUACAAUGCCAGCACGCCCGAUUUAUACCCCAAUAAUGCGCAUCACAAGCUCGGAUGGAUUAUAACUUGGGUAGUUAUCGUGCAGGUAUUGGUGGGAGUUGUAACUUUGUAUGCAGGAAGAAAGGAAGUCGCGCGAAGCGAAGAGAGGGGUCAUUUUAUUCCAAUCUCCGCUGAGGUGAUGGCCGAACACCACCGUCUACACAACGAAGACGACUGUCGAUUUUCCGGCGAUAGUGGACAAGGAACGGAGCGUAACACGGAGUCUUUGAGAAGUCACUCGAUUGCUUCUACAAGUCCUCCACAACUGAGUUCUCCAGCUCAAGAAAACGAAGAGGAAUAUUUUGUAGAAAACCCGAAGCUGGUACUUGGUGGCAAACUACAUGGAUUUCUGUCCUCCAGAAUCCCGGGUCUGCUAUCUUCAAAAGCCUUGCGAAUUUUUCAAUUUCUUUAUGAUGCGGUUGAUCGGCUGAUUUUGUUAAUUGGCUGGGCCAUUUUUCUCACUGGAUGGGUCACCUAUGGCGGUUUCUUUGUAAGCCAUAUGCACACCUCGGGAUGUACAAUGACUAACUACAUUCCAGACGGGUCGUACCGUAUUCAGCGGACUUGCGCAUUUCAUCAAGGGUAGUGUUUUCUUUUGGUUUGGAAUAGUCUCGCUUGGACGUUGGGCCGGAUGUUUCGCAGAAAUUGGCUGGGUAAGGAAAAACAGAAUAAUGAAUACAAAGAUUUCUCUAACUAAAAUCACAGGCCUGGAAUACAGCGACGCCCAAGAAAGGUUCCAAAUUUUCAGCCGAAUUCGUCGAAAGCUUCAUGAUCUUCUUGUAUGGAGCUACGAAUAUUUUCCUCGAACACUUGGCCGCUUGGGGAAAAGCAUGGACAGCUCAAGAUCUCGAACAUCUUUCCAUAACCGUUAUGUUUAUUGGUGGUGGUCUGGUACUUUCACCCUUGACCUUUUCAACAGAUCCAAACGACUAACCCAGAUAGUGCGGAAUGGUGAUCGAAUCCAAACUCAUCCGCUCCCUCCUCAACGCCACCAAACGAGCCCCCCAGACCCUUCAAUCCCGCCUGGGAAACGAGCUAGAACAAGAACAAGCGCCACCAGAAUCCUACCGCUUCUCCAUGAAUCCUCUCCCCGCACUUGUCACCUUUUUGGUUGGCAUAAUGAUGAGCUCCCACCACCAAGAAUCUAUGAUCUCGACCAUGAUCCAUAAGCAGUGGGGGACUCUCCUUGUAGGCGCUGCAUUUUCUCGCGUAGCUACUUAUUUGAUAUUCUAUGUUAAACCGCCUACUUCGACAUUACCUGGUAGACCGCCUACGGAGUUAAUCACUUCGUUCUGUUUACUUGCCGGUGGGGCGAUUUUCAUGGUUUCGGUAAGCACCACCCGUCCAUCCAUUUCCCAUUCCCCAUUUCCCAUUUUCAAGAAGUAGAAGAAAAUUGUACAGAAUUGAUAUUGACAAUGGACGUAAAUAGGCACGAGACACCGUCAACGCAAUGGAAAGCAACGGUCUAGACGCCAUGUUCAUAUUCACCGUCGCCAUGGGUCUUAUCACCUUCCUCAUGGCGUGGGUUAUCGUCGUGGUCGCGAUUAAGGGGUGGGCUGUUAGGAUGGAGAAUGCGAGGGGAUUUGCGUAUAGGCGGGUGGGAUUGGGAGAGUGAGAUUGCUGUUUACCUCUCUCUCUCUCCUCUCUCGCGUCGUCGAAGGGAUUGUUUUCAAUUGGAUGAAUGAGUUCGAAAAUGGAUUGGAUUCGACCGGAUUGGAAAUCGGAAGCAGGGGUUGAAAUAAUGGGAGGUAGCUUGGAAUAAGGUGGAUUUGGGUUUCCACCUUCUUUGGGUGGCUGGUUAGUUGGGCAUUGUUGGCGUAGUGUUACCUUGCGUUGUGAAGAUACCUUUUUGUUUUUUUGCUUCUCCGUUUUAUCUUAGCUGGACUUUGAGGGGCACGAUAGGAAAAGGAAUAGGAAUAGGAGUAAUAAUAAUAUUGGUUCGAAUUCA